CCAGUGGGAGGACAGUGUUGCAGGCACGAACUUGGAACUGGUCAGUGCCGAAAGGUUUGUGUGUGUUCCGGAAGAUUAACAAAAUCCACCAGAAAAGGACUUAUUGUUGAAAUUGUAUGUAACAAAAAAAUUACAAAAAAACAGCUGUCUCAUUGAUGUGAGAGCCAAGUCCUUAGCUCAGCACUAUAUAAAGGGAGAAUGUCUUCUCUCUGCACAUUACAGCCACAGGCAUCCAGAGUAACCAGGAUGUUGAACAUUAGCAAGAUUCAGCUGCCUUUGCAGCUUCCUACCUUCUCCAGAUCCUCUGAUAGGCUUCUUCAGCCUCUAUGGGACUAUUUCCUUUUCAACCACUACUUUCUCAUCUCCUCUCCCUUCUUCCCUGUCAUACUCUGCUUCUCCAGUUACUUCUUCUCCAGUCUCCCCUUUGCUGUACUAGACCUCCUGGGAGACAUGGUCCCCUCCAUUCACCACUACAAGAUCCAGCAAGAGAGACGUCCAACCAUGGGGAUGAUGGCAAAGAGCUUCGGAAGGGCUGUUUAUAACCACUUGAUCUUUGUUCUGCCUGCUGUGCUGACUCAGACCUGCUUUAUGCCUUCAGUGGCGCUGCCUUCCAGUGCUCCAACUGUGGUAGAGGUUCUCAUUGAUGGACUUGCUGCCCUUCUUCUUUUUGACACCCAGUAUUAUAUGUGGCACUUUGUGCACCACAAGCAUCCACAACUGUAUCGGUGGGUCCAUGCCAUCCACCACGAAUACAUGGCACCCUUUUCCUGGAACACCCAGCAACUCAGCAUUCCAGAACUGAUAACAGUGGGAUUCUGGAGCAACCUGGACCCCAUCCUGCUGAAAUGCCACCCUUUUACUACCUGGUGCGUCACCAUCAUCAGUAUCUGGAUGUCAGUGGAGGACCACAUAGGCUAUGACCUGCCAUGGGGUCUCAACCACCUGGUACCAUUUGGUCUGUUAGGAGGAGCACCAGCUCAUGACAUGCACCACCAGAAGCCCAACAGUAACUAUGCACCUUUCUUCAGCCACUGGGACAGGCUAUUUGGCACUGCCAUCCUGCCAGGGAAAAUAACUGAGAAGAAAGUUAUGUAUUCACUGUAAAUGGGACCAUUCAGUAUAAUUUUGAUUACCCUCAUGCUUCCAUGUUAAUUAGAAUAAAUGUAUUUGUUUUUAUUAGUAAUUUACCGACAUCAAUUGUAUUAAAAUGUACUAAACGUUA